CGGCGGCGGUGGCUCCUCCUGGGGUUGCGGGCCCGGCUCCGGUUCCUCGUCGUCCCCCGGGGCCGCCAACGCCGUGCCGGGGGAGACUAGCAGCCCUCCUGCGCGGGGCCCGUGUCGGAGUUUCUGGCCGACUCUCAAUUUAUGCUCGCGAAGAUACAAAUGGUUUGGUUGUUUCCUGAGGUAAAAUGCUAAUAGCCAUUGCUGCUGCUUAAUUAUAUAUGUUCAGAACAAUCUUGUUAAAAUCAAUGGGGCCCUUAGCAAAAUGAAGUAGUCUUUGCAAGAUUGGGUUCUGUGUUGGUAUAUAAAAUACAAAACCCCAUUUCUGUUUGAAUUUACAGGCUUGAUACAGUAGGAGAAAACUGCUAGAAAACAUGAGCACUUUGGACUGAGUUGUGUGGAAGAGCUGAAUAUGAUUAAGGAACAUGAGACUAUAUGCAGGGAAUCUCAGUGGGAUGGUCUGAAGAUCAAACAAGGAAUAGUUACUGCUCCUAGAAACGUGAGCAUUUAGCCCUUAUUGGAAGAUUUAACACCAGAUCAAUCACAUCAGUUUAGAACAUUAUCCUCUCCAGAGGUCAAAGAGUCCACAUAAGCCUGUCAUGAAUAUAAAUAAAAAUAUUCCUAAUUAAUUCAUUGGGUGUUCUGGUGUUCACAGAAAGUAAGGAUAUCUUCUGAAGUAAGAGACAUGAAAAAACAAACUCCUGAUCUCAGGGUAAUGACUCAAAGAAAUAAAUCUGUGGAAGAAGUCAGUGCUGACAAAAAUCAGCAAAGUUGGUCUGAAAAAGUUAACAGAGAAAAUGCCAUUUGUAGUCAUGAAAGUACAGUUGUAAAACUGCCAGUAAUAGCAUCAUUUGUAGGUACCACUAAAAAAAUUGUAAUGGUCAAGCACCCAGCACCACCUCAAAAGCCAAGUUACUGCCUGUCUAAUUUUCACGUUAAUAGCUCCCCUAUCUCAUUAGAAAAGACAAAAGCUGUUAGUAAAGUAAAGGAUAGAGUACGUAUGCUACAAAUGGAUCCUCAGAAUUUUAAAAGAGAGAAAACUGAAGAAAUAGAUACUGUGAUUAAAGGCAGUGAUGAAUUUAGCUCUACAGAUUCUUAUACAAGUAAAAAUGUUUCAAGAAAGGGAAAAAUAACCAGGGAAAGCUGUAAGAAGAGAAGCAGAGUGAUUUCAAAAGCAAAGCAACAAGAUUUAGAUGUUGAAUUGGGAAGAGUGCUGAGAAAAGGAAGUAAGCAGCCAAGUGUGAGGUCUGCUCGAGAACAGUUGGAAGAGGUAAGGGAUGUGACUAGACCAGACACUUCAAAAAUAUACGAGAAGAACUUCCAGCAGAGAAAACCUGAAGAGCCUACUUCCACACCAGCAUUGCCUGUGAAAGUGGUUGCAAGGUCUAUUGAUGAAAUAAUUGCUUCCCUGCAGUCUACUUCUCCAUCUCCCUCAGACGAGAUGAUCAAAGAACUCCUGGAGAGUGUUCUUGGCCAGAACUACAGCAUAAAAAUGGAAACACCAGUAAUUCAGAAAGAGUCUCAAGCAGUGGAAAAUGAAUCUUGGCCUAAAGAUGAGCUGUUAACAUAUAAUAAGCAGGCUCCAUCCUUGGAUGUGCUACAGGUGGAAGGAAAAGCAAUAUUGAAAAUUAAACCAGAUGAAGUUCAGAAGCCUCUACAAGAAGGGCACGACUUGCAACAAACUUUUCCUCCUCAGGCUUCAAAUGUCAAAGGUCGGCAUUAUCCAGGCAUUCAUCGUCUAUGUACUGCUUUUCCUAGUUUUAUAUUGCCUCCUUAUUUACAACUGGCUUCUAGAGUUUAUCAUACUUUAGACAUAAGAGGUCACAAUAUCUUAUUUACAGCAGAGGAUGCAAACAAUAAGGAGGAAGAACCAAUGAGUUCCAAAUAUGUUUAUUUGAAAGAGCAAGCUGAAAAGAAAAGAAUUUAUUAUGAAGGAGUUCCUAUUUCAGAGCAAUUCCAGAAUAAUUGGACAGAUGAGAUUCACUUUCUUCCUCCUCAUGCAGCAGAAAGUCUAACUGAAUGCCAAAAAGUAACUGAAUAUUGUCUUGAAAAGCCACAACUGCAACUGUUAGGAGAGAAAAGCAAUGUUAUUCACGAUGUUGUAUUUGAAGACCUUUUCACUGAUUGUGAAGAAGAGGUAGAAGCUGAGCAAGAUGAUCAUGAUUUCUAUGAUUAUGGACUGACAAAAAGUUUACCAAGAAGAUGGCAAUCCUUGCCCAAUUUUUCUGACAGUGAGAGCUCAGAGACAAGUUUGAUUAAAAGAUCAGUCUCAGCUCUGGAGAUGACUGCUUUCGAAGAUGAAAAUACAUUAAAAAUGUCAGCUAAUUUCAGAAUCAGCGUGAAAGAGUUGAAGGUUAUGAAGCAACGGAUAGCUGAGCAAGAGGUUGAGACAGAGAUUGGGAAAAGUUCCCCUACCAAGCAUCUAUUGAAUCAAAUCUGUGAUGAUCCUCAGUCAAUGCAGACAGACACAGCAGUAAAAAAAAUGCCUACUUUGACUGGACAAGAGGAUAGUGAGAAUGAUAUUGUUCUUGUAAAGCGACCUCAAAAGUCUGGGAUUAAAUACACUGAUUUCCCAAGAAGAAAGAAAACAAAGAAAUCGAAGGAAAAAAGAAAUCCUAGGAAACUAGAAGCUGUGAUUAAGAAACUAAGCACCUUUCAGUCUGUGUCUCUGGGAAGGCUUCCUAUUAAUGAUAAAUUUGGUAUCAAGGUUUCUUCAGCAAUCAAACAAUAUCAGAGCCACAGCAUCCCUUGUUUGCUAGAUUUUGAAAAGUUUGCAAAAGUGAGGGGUGGAAUUCCAAAAGAAACUUCUGCUCGCAUGUGGGUCCAUGGCAUAUGGAACUGCUGGUUUGAUGAAACUUUUCCUCCUAGAGGGACUGCUUCUGAGGACAAGGAUAUUGAAUUACUAAAAGGAACUGAGAUGGUGGACUCUCAACUAGUUGACUCAAUGCAGCCUGUUCUUCUUGAAGAUGCAACAGUUAGUGUUGAAGAUUUAGAAAAAGAAGUAAGACGACUAACUGAGCUAAUAGAAAAGGAAGAGCAUCCUUCAGCUUUUCACUACUGCAGACGUGGAGCAAUACAAAGAAAGUUAGGCAAGUUAAAGUCAGCUAUGGAUGACUUGGAAAAAGCUAUAAGCUUAGAACCACUACUGCUUAAUGCUUACUGGCAUAGACAUUUGAUUUACCUCUUUCAAGACAGAAUUUCUGCUGCUUUGGAUGACCUGAAUUUUAUGACUAAAUGGAGCAAAAAUAAAGCUGAUACAUACCUGUCAAUGGCUGAAAUUUACAGGAAACAAGGUGAUAAUACCUUGGCAAUCAUCAAUUAUAGCUCUGCAAUACAAUGCUGCCCUACAGAUGAUGACAUUUACUUUAGGAGAGCUGAGUUGUAUUUUGAGGAAAAUCAAUUGUUAUUGGCUAUGGAUGAUUAUGCCAAAUGUUUUCAGUAUAAUCCGAAAAGAACAGAUGCACUUAUGAAACAUGGAAUACAUUUCUUUGAUCAUUCAGUUUUGACUACAGCUAUUCAGGAUUUUACAGCUGUGAUCAAGGAAGACCCCAGCAAUGCUCAAGCGAGGCUGUAUCGAGGAAGAGCCUAUGCUAAGCAGCAGCAGUAUAGAAAUGCAAUACAAGACUUAGCAACAGCCAUUUAUCUAGACCCCUCUUGUUGGUUAGCAUUCUACUAUAGAGGCUGCAUACUACGACAGAUUGAUCCAAAAAGAGCCAUGCAGGACUUCAGUGUUUCUGUACUCAUCAAUGACACUCAGGAAAAUUUCUGUUCUUUUCUUCAUCGUGGGAUUGUUUACUCAGAACAGAGUCAAUGGUCACUUGCAAUCUCUGACUUUGAAAGUGUCCUGGCUUUGGACAGCUCUGUCAUCUUUGCAUACCUAAAUAUUGGUUUGAUUCUGCUGUUGCAUCUCGAUCAAUACUAUGAAGCUAUUCGAUGGUUUACUAAUGCCAUUGAAAUUGAUCCUCUCAAUGUUAGAGCCUACAUAUGCAGAGCACAAGCAUAUCAUAAGAUUCAUAAUUUACCAAAUGCUGUGAAGGAUAUAAACCGAGCCAUUCAUGUUUAUCCAAAUAAAUCACAACUUUACAUAUUAAGGGGACAGUACUUAAUGGAGUUGAAGAAACAUGAGCUGGCAAGUUUAUGUAUUCACCAACUUGCAGAAAUGGAUGAAGAAUCCUUUACGUCUCAGCCUGUUCAGCGAGCGCUCAUUCAGUCAUUUUGUCAAAAUCACGAUAAUGCCAUAGAGUGCUUACGUGAAGCUACUGAAAUUCAGCCUGAGCCUUCAAUGUUUGUUAUUUUAGGAAAAAUACAAAUGAAAGCCAAGAAAACUAAGGAUGCUGUGAGAAGUUUUAAAAAAGCUAUGAAGCUCCUGAUGACUUCAGCAAAAAUCCUGCCUAAUACGUUUGAGGCUGCAGAAAUACAUUAUCUCACAGGCUUGUGUCACAUGGAGCAAAAAAGUUUAUUACAGGCCUGUCAUGCUUUUAGUAUGGCUAUCAGACUACAUUCAAGUUACCCUGAUGCUUUUUAUCAGCGAGGACUGUGUAGAAUGCAACUCAGACAAGCUCAGUGCAUCCGAGAUUUCAAUCAAGCACUUGCCCUUUGUCCAUCACAUUUCCAGGCAUAUAUGAGUCGUGCUGCUUACUAUGGAAGUAAAGGCAGGUACUCUAAGGCAAUUCUGAAUUGCAAUGAGGCGAUCAAAAUUCUUCCUAACAGUGUGCGAGCUUAUUUUUACCGAGGAACUUUAAAGUAUCAAAAUAAGACAUUUAAAGCUGCAAUUGAAGAUUUUUCAAAAACUAUUGACCUCAACAAAACCUGCAUUUUGGCAUAUUAUAACAGAGCUGUCUGUUAUCAUCAAAUAAAGGACUUCAGAAAGGCUUUGAAAGACUAUGGAAUUCUUCUUCUCCUUGAAUUGAGUAAGGAAAUAGCUUUUAAAGUGUUAAUUAAUCGUGGACUACUCUACAUGGAACUUUGCGAUUAUGCUAAUGCAUGUGAGGACUUUAAAGAAGCAACGUUGCUUAGUCCAGGUGAUAGUCAGAUCUUUCAAGCUAUUGGAAUCUGCUAUCAUAGACUUCAUGAGUUUGAAGAAGCUGUGAGAUCAUUUGACCAGGUUCUCAAACUAGAUCCUGUUUCUGUGGAUGCCUAUAUUGGACGAGGAAACUCGUACAUGGAAAACGGACAUGAAGCUGGUUGUAAACAAGCACAGAAGGAUUUCUUGAGAGCAAUUCAUCUGAAUCCAAAGUGUAUAAAAGCCAGAAUUUGCUUAGGAUACAACUUGCAGGCCCUUGGAAAGCUUCAUAAGGCAUGGAGCCAAUUUACAGUUGCCAUUUGCAUUGACCCAAAAUGCCAUGCUGCAUACGAUGGAAGAGCUUCAGUCUGUCUUCAAGUGGGUGAAACUUUUGCUGCGUUUCAAGAUGCAAAUGCCGCACUAAAGCUCGCUACCACUGCCCCGCUGCUAACAAAUCGGGGUGUCAUCAAUCAGUUAAUGGGGUAUCUACCCUGUGCCAUGAAGGACUAUCAACAAGCAAUUUCUGUUGACCCAAACUAUGCGUUAGCCUAUUUCAAUGUAGCAAAUAUCUACUUCCAUAAUCGACAGUUUUCACAGGCCUAUUGCUAUUAUUCCAAGGUAUUACAACUUGACCCAAGAAAUGAAUCAGCUGUUAUGAAUCGUGCUAUUACAAAUACAUUACUAAAUAAUAUUGAAGAAGCAAAAGAAGACUUUGAGAGGGCAGUUUGUCUCUGUCCAUUCUCUGCAGCAGUGUAUUUUAACAGGGCAAACUUCUAUAAUGGAUUGAAGCAAUAUGAACUAGCUGAGAAAGACAUUUCAACAGCAUUGUCCAUUCAGCCUAAUGAUGCCUUGAUGUAUAAAUUUAGAGCUGAUAUUCGUGCUAAAUUGGGUUUCAACAAAAAAGCUGUAGAAGACUACAAACAAGCAAUCAGCAUUCAAGAACAUGUUGAUUCCAUAUGAAAAGAUACCA